CAUGCCCAUGGAAGAUGUUGAUGUAGUUACCUAAUAUCUUCAACUGCACGGAAGGCGAAGUGGACAGUGUAUGGAUAUGGACAAAAAGUAAUACUAAAUUGUAACACAAUUAGAAAGUAGCAUGGCUGUUCGCCGGGAAAAACAUUUGACACCUGUUUUCAUAGAGAAAGCAAGUAGAGAACAGACAAGGAUCCAGGAGAAACUGAACAGGAAACUGAGGGAGGAUAUUCAAAGAUUACUGCACGAAGGGACCUAUUCAGAUAUCACUCUUCCAUGUGGACCAACACCUAUGCUCAUCCACAGGGCUUUCUUCCAGUCAAGAGUUCCUGGUCUUCUGGAUAUCCUCUGUCCAGAUGGAGUACCAAACAGGACUAUCUUAGAUGCCAUAGCAGCUGAAGACUUAAGGCAGUUUGUAAAGUGUGUGUACCAGGAGGAUGAUCUGGAAAAGGCAUGGAAAACAUUCCUCUCUUGUAUUGCCAUUUCUGAAGUAGAAGAAGAACAUAGAGUAUCAUUGGAUGCUUCUUGUGUAGAAGAUGUAGAAGUAUGUCCUGGAAAUGGUGAGGAGACUGAAGGUAUGGGUGCACCAGGUGAAGCAGCAACCUUCGAUGCAUCCACAGGAAAGGAACCUUGUCAAAGACACAGUAAUGUAGAGAGUGUAGGUACAUGUAUUGCAGGAGGAGCAGGAAUCCAGGAUGGAUUGUCCAUGAGUCACGUGGUUCCGAUAGAACUGGAAGGCACUCCUGGAGAGAGCUGCAUUGGUUUAGAACCAUGCCAGAAUCAGGGCAAAAGGUCAGGAAACGAUAGUUCAGCAUCAAAACCACUACCUCAUACAGGACAGACCGACACUUCUAAGAUUACUUGUACAAAUGGGAUUGAACAAGUAGGGUUCGCUGUAGCUGAUCAUCAAGGAGCAGAAGCUGCAUCAGCUUUCACACAAAGAUAUCACAAGGGCAAUGUGAAACAGAUGGAUGUUUGUCAGUAUGUAACCAUAGACUCAACAAUGGGCAUACUUCCCAAUCCAUUACUGCUUAAAGAGAAAUGUGUUCCUGACCCUACCGUGGCUGAAGAUCCUGUCAAUGGACCAGGGAAUAAUGAAGACAUUCCAAGUGAUAGCUCUGAUCAAGCGAUGGGGUCAGAUCCACAUUCUGAUUCCAAUGCUGUUAUAGUUAAUGGUGUGGUUGAUUUAGAUCUUAAUGGGCAUGAAGAGCCGGAACCCCACGAUACUGAUGAAAAAAAGUCAUCCAUGCAACCAUCAAAAUUGAGGGAUCCAACAUCAGAUAGUCAAUCUGAAAACUAUGAUGAUCAGAAGGAUUCACAAAGGAAGCCAAAGGGUUCUUUAGUAGACGUCAAUGCCAGGGACAGCAAUGAAUUACAGCAGUUUGUUUCAAGAAUCCUAGAUCUUCCAGUGCCCUCUGGAACCCUUUCAGAAAACUUGAUGCAGCUCCUGGAUUCUGAUGCUUCCACCUUCAGUGAUGUCAUUCUAGUAUCUUCUAAUGGAGCCAGGAUUCCGGCACACAGAUGUCUCCUUCAUUGUCGCUGUGAGUUCUUUGCUGCUAUGUUGGGAGGUGGGUGGAUAGAGAGUGAGACGCAUGAAAUACAGCUCAAAGGUGUGAGUCGUCCUAUUGUUGAUGCUAUGCUGCGGUUCAUGUACGGAGGGAUUGCUAGUCUUUCAGAUGAAGUCAAUCUCAGAGAUCUCCUGAGUGCAGCUGAUAUGUAUGGGUUGGAGGAAUUGAAAGAACUUACUGCCUUUCAUCUCAAGAGGGACUGGUGCCAUCUCUUUCACAAGCCCCUGUGUGCUGAAUGCUUGAGUCUGAUUCCACAUUGCUAUGCAGUAAGUGAGAGCUAUGGAUUGCCUGACCUAUCGCUAUCGUGUCUCAGGUGGAUGUCUAAGAAUCUUGACCGUUUCUGGGUCCAAAAGACUUUCUCUGCCUUGCCAACUGAGAUGCUUGAAAAAUGCUCUAAAGAUGUUGUAGAGAGUUUAAAUUUCACAAGUGUAAUAGAGGUCCUGUUCCAACUGGAUAAAUUAAGACUUGGUCUUCCUCAAGGUCAGAGUUCCUGGGCAGAACCUGUUAAGGAUAUCACCUCCAAGACUAGGAAACAGGUCCUUCAGUUUGCAGCCAACAAAUUUUAUGUCAUCCUCGGGGAUGGAUCAACGUUUGAGGAUAAAUAUCUGAAGGGCAUGGGAUGGAAAAAGGAUGUUAUGGAGCCGUUGUUCAGGACGGUGGUUGCUGCACUGUCGUUGGAGAAUGCUGAUCUCAAUUUUCAAGCUGUCUGGCGACUUUAUAAAAGGGAGAGAACAGAGAAGGAGAAGGAACAGGGAAAAACACCAGAAGAGGAAUGGAACCAAGAUGCCUAUGUAGCUGUUGGAGGCCUCUAUGAGAAGCUGUAUAACUAUGCAGUGAGUAAUGCUAGUUACAUCAUCCAUACAGAAGGCUUCAAGCAAUUACCUGAUGAUCUUCAGAAGCAAAUUAGAAAGGAUGCAGUGUAUGUGGACGAAGGCCUGUCAAAGACAACAAAGAAACCAGUACUCUCAAGCUCACAAAGGCCCAAGUCUGUUCAGGUGAGGAGGACACUCUCUCAUCCUCUUAGAGCUCCAUCUCCGGCAUCAUCUACAUCCUCUGCCUCCUCCACUGGCUCUGCCCCAUCCUCAUCACGGUCAAGAGGAGGAGGGACCCGAUCAACAAGAGGUGUAGUUACAGGGUCAUCAAGGGGAGCAAGGAAUGCACCCAGGGAAUCUGGGGGUUCUGUUAGGGGUGCAGGAGGGCAACAAAGGGGCACAGGACAUUCGGCUAGGGGUAAUAGAGUUCCUCCUAGGGGUACUGGAAGCAGGUCAGCUAGGGUAACAGGUAGGGCUGGUGGACCAGCUAGGGGUAAUGGAACCAGUGGGUCUAGGGGUGGGGCAGUGGGUGUGUCUGGUAGGGGUGGGGCCCAACAACAAUCAGGGACUAGUGACGGAGGGCAACCUCAAGGGAGUUGAUUGAAAUUUCAUUAAAAUAGAUGUCAUAAUUGUAUAAGCUAUUUAUAAGGUUGUUAUUUAUUCAAGCAUAAUUACUUAAACAUUUCAAGUUGUCAAAGUGUAAUAUUUGUCUCAGAUACUGUAUACUCCAAUUUAAUCUUUCUAGUUCAGGGGCCCAUUUCAUAAAAAGUUACAACUGUUGUAACUUUGCCAUUAUGGCAACAGGGCACAGCAGCCAAUCAAAAUCAAGGUUUCCAUGGUAGUUGCCAUAAUAGCAAAGUUACAACAGUUGCAAGUCGUUUAUGAAACGGGCCCCAGAUGUGGACCAACAUGUAAGUGAGUAUAAGAUUGGAAAUGAAUAGGUAGAUUGUUGUUUGAUAUCUUGUUUAGAGGGUGAACCAAUCUUGGUAAUGAAAUGAUUUGUGUGAAAGUAUU